UAUGGCGACGGUUCUAGGAGUGAUGGUUGAUUUGAGUGGAACGAUUCACAUUGAUCAUUUUUUAAUCCCUGGAUCAAUUGAUGCUUUAAAAAGACUUCGGAAGGCAGGUUUCCCCCUUCGUUUUGUCACCAACACAACAAAGGAAUCGAAAUCAUCAUUGCUCAAACGGUUGGAAAAACUUCGCUUCGAUAUUAAGGAGGAUGAAAUAUUUACAUCGCUGACGGCUGCCAGACGUUACAUCGAAAGGAAAAAUUAUCGACCAUUUUGCUUGUUGGAAGAUGAUGCGAAAAGAGAUUUUUGUGGAAUAUCAACAGAAGAACCUAAUGCCGUUUUGAUUGGUUUACCACCUCAAAACUUUAACUAUAAUACACUAAACAAAGCAUUCAGAUUACUUCUUGAUGGUUCUCCAUUGGUGGCUGUACACAAAGCUCGUUAUUUCAAACAAGACGAUGGUCUUGCACUAGGACCUGGUCCAUAUGCUGCUGCACUCGAAUAUGCAGCCAAUACAACUGCAUUCACUGUGGGUAAACCGGCAAACACUUUCUUCCAAGAGGUUUUAGACGAUAUGGGAAUGAAACCUGAACAUGUUUUCAUGAUUGGAGAUGAUGUUAGGGAUGACAUUGAUGGUGCUCAAAAACUUGGCAUUAAAGGAAUAUUGGUAUCAACCGGCAAAUAUAGAGUGAAGGAUGAAGACAAAAUCAAUCCACCUCCUUUUCGAACGUGCAAGAAUUUCGCUGAAGCAGUUGACAUCAUACUCGGGCAAACUGUUGAAGGGAUCACGUCUGGCAGUUAGUGAAAGUGUGUUUGAAGGCGAUAAUUUUUUCAUGUGAAGGAUUAAUGUCGUUUCGUGAUGAUAAAGAAAAGGAUUAAAACAAGUACUAUCUAUAAUAUCUUUAGAAGGAAAAAAGGAGUCUAGUCUGAGCUAGUCUGUGUAAAAGAAAACACUAUCUAAAUAAGCUGUUAACGAUUCGUUUUACUCGUCUUUGUAGCGUUGGCAAUUUUUUUGGUGAGGUAAUAAUUAAAAUGUAAAAUUUGUUCUGAUUUUAAUUACGAUAAGACAAUUUGCGAA